AAAUUUUCAAUUCUUGACCAUUUUUCCUCUUCAGAUUCCGACUCUUCAUUCUUCGACCAUUUCCCGGUCAAAUCAUCUCCACCGACGAUUCAUCCUCAUCUUCGUCCACAUCUCCGACGCGAUGCCCGUCUCCUCCAAGCCGAUACACCUAUGACGCCCCGAGAUCUAUGUCACCGUCUCAUAAACGAUUCGCGAAGAAAACCAGCUCGUAGAGGUGAUUACAGACUUGGGAGACCACCUGACGCACGUUAUCUCAGUGAACCUGGAUGAUAAUCCUCUUUAAUUUGAUGGUGAUUUGAUAUCCUCUUUAAUCAUAAGGCCUGGUGUUGGCAAGACCACUGUUUUGCUAGAGAUUGCUUGUGUCUUGUCCGAUGAAUUCCAGAAAAAGAGUGAUGAUAAUUGAUACAAGUAACGAAAUAGGAGGAGACGGCGAUAUUCCACACUCGGCGAUUGUAGGUGCAUAGAAUGCAAGUGCCGAAGCCAUCUUUGCAGCAUAAAGUGAUGAUCGAGGCAGUAGAGAACCAUAUGUUUCAGGUGAUCAUCGUUGAUGAGAUCGGCACAGAAGCUGAGGCGCUUGCUUGUCGUUCCAUUGCUGAGCGGGGAGUGAUGCUAAUUGGCACUGCUCAUGGAGAACAGCUCCAGAACAUCAUAAAGAAUCCUACUCUUUCAGACUUGACUGAAAAGAGUGUUGAUAUGUUGCUUCGAGGAAGAAACCCCAUGGUUGAGGUAAGGAGAAGAGAUGAGGAGUUCAACGUAGUGAUAGAAAGAUGGAAGUCAUACGAUUGACAAGGCAUCUGAGUUUUCCUUUUAAUGGUUGUUCAUGUCACAAACUCUGUCUUUCUUGUGAACAAAGGUGUUGUCAGUAGAUUGAAAAAACAAAAAAAACAUUUGUAUAAAUGACUAAUGCAAUUUGGAGAUUGUGUGUC